AUGGCGGACGACGGAGUAAAUACUAAGGUUGAAGCCGUAUCUAAAGCAACUACGGAGACGAUUGAGCUGAGAACGGAGGACGGCGGUGUCUUCGACGUGGACAAGCCCGUGGCGAUGGAGUUCUUGAUCCUCAAGUCGUUCUACGAAGAUGAAGGCCGCGUCUUUGACAAAACCUCCAUUCGCCUACCGAAUGUCAAGCAGUUGGAGCUCUCCAAGGUCAUUGAAUACUGCACUCGCGCCCUCGAGUUUGGCGCCAAGUCCGCGGCAGCGGCCGGUGACAAGGACGCCGAGAGGAUGGUAAGGCAAGAGAGGGAGGGUUUCGAGGCGGAGUUCGUGGACGAGCUGAGCAACGAAAUGCUCAAGGAGUUGAUUCUUGCGGUGAAUUUUCUGGACAUAAAGGAAAUGCUGGAUUUCCUGAUCCGGAGCGUGGCGAAUAGGAUCCGGAACAGAAGCGUGGCGUACGUGCGCCAGUUCUUCGAUAUAGAGAAUGAUUUCACGCCGCAAGAAGAAGAUCAGAUCCAUCAGGAGAAUGCAUGGGCCUUCGAGGGCGUCGACGCCGAUUGA